CCAAAUCCUAUUCUUUUAAGUAACUGUUGUCAAAUUAUAAUGAAUUUGAAUUUGAAUCAUUACACUUCUAUUUUGAGUCCAGGCUAACUGUUCUUAAUUUUUUCGAAAAUCUGAGGCUGGAUUGUUCUUAACUUGUUCUUAAUCUUCUAGGUUGUAAGCAGUGCGAGUGCUAGCUUUCUCGCUUUAGGGAUAGGGAGGAAGUCAGGCCCGAUGAUUGGUCAGGUCUCAUUUGUCAACAAAGUGAGUGAGAAACCUUCGUUUGCUGACAGGUUUGAAUAUUCACCGAAAAAGCAUCCACACAUCGCUAAAAAUCCUCGUUUAUGAGAAAAAAUGUUGUUCAAAUUGUAUUUUGCAAAAGCUCAGCCUCAGGUUAUUCUUAAUUUAUUCUCAACUUUUGGCCAAUUUUGAGGCUCGUGUUCUUAUAAAAUCAUUUUUAUGAAAAAAGAGUGUAGUUACAUAAACAUAAACGCCCCCACUCUUUUUUAAUGAGAGCAAUAUAAUUUUACUGAAUGACAACUGUUUUGAUUUCUUGGAUAAUUUGUGGCUCGGAUUUUUCUAAUGUUUUUCUUAUAAUAUUAUUGAUUAUUCUGCAAGUGCAUACUAUAAAUUUUCAAUACCACUAAAAAACGGUUUACAGGCUAAUUUUUCAUUUGAGGAUUGGUAUGUUUUACACUGUUAAUGUAGCUCAGCUUGGAUACCCAUUCUCCUAGCUGCUAAAUCGCACGAGUUUUAACAAAAUUUAGGCUUUUCUUGUCACUAAAUCUUGUUUGAAAGGGGCGCAGAUAUUAUUGGAAUAACUUUAGAAAGGUCAAUUAGAUUUUUAUCAAAUCUUAGCGAUAUCUAUGAGGAAGAUAAACAAUAUCAACCGAAUAUCUAAGAGACGAGUCAGAGUGGUUUACGAUCGCGGCCAAUGACCGCCGUCGGUUUACGGGUACGUCUCAAUGGAUGCACGUGAGAUGGCAGGAAGGAGCUAUGUGUACGUAGUCUGGAUGAAGCAGUCACGAUUUUCAAAUUUCCUUUCUUAAAAUUGUUUUCCGGUCUGUGCUGGCAAAAUAUGUGCUGGUAUUAACACAUCACGUCCUCGAUUUCUUUGACAAGUCUCUUCAAACUUCAGGGUUUUCAAUAGCAGCUGAUAUUUUUGUCAUUUAAAAACGUGUUUAAAUAGAAAACUUGAGUUUUAUAUGUGUGCAUACUCUAGGAGGGAUCUGACAAUCCUAAUCAAAUUACCAAGCAAAACCAAAUCUAAUUGCUGUUGCCAAGGUAGGUGCCUAGAAAACCCCCCAGCCGCUGCGGGAUGUGUGCUGGGAUCUGCUGUUGCCCUUGUUCAGUUUGCUUAGCUGAUAUGUAAAAGAUAAAAAUGCAGAAAGCGAAAUUCUCAUGGCAUCAGGUUCAUUCAUGAUUCAGUCAUCAGAACAUCACGCAAGAGUUUUCGGUAGAUGUGCAGCAGAUUCUUUCAUUUCGUGAUGGUGUUGCGGUUAUUAUUUGUAUUCUUCUGGUAUACAGAAGCCGGGGUAUCCCCAAUGGCAUCUCAAAAGAAUAGAAGUAAAUCCCAUUGGUUAAAUUUUGACAUUUAUCAAUGUUUUGAAUGACAGGUACAUGAUUGUACAUAAUGCCAAACCACGUGAACUACCUCUGAUUCGAUUGUUUUAGUCACUGGCGCCUAGCACAAACACUACGCAUUUCCAUUCCAUACAAUGAGAGGCUAGGCCACUCAUGUCUGUCGAAGAUCGUUACACAGCCCAGCUCUUGGGCGAAAGCCUUGGAAGCCUAGCUUACAAGUUAGACAAAAAGCCAGCAAAUGGAGGUGUAUGGACAGGAUUUUCAAAUGGCCAUGGGUUCAAGAAUUCGCUCGAUCACACCGAUAGUAAUCGGAAGUUUAUGCCCAGUGAGACGCGCUUUGGAGAUUCAGCUUCAUGUUUCUUAUGUCUAAGGCAAUUCUCUUACUUAAAUGUGAAAGUUUUGCCAUGUUUACACUCAUUUUGCCUUGAUUGCUUGGAGGAGAAAGCUACAAGAGCUUUGACGGGGGAACUGAAGCUGAAUUGCCCUUCGUGCAGAAGAGAAGUUAAGCUUUCAGACAAUGGCCUAGAGAAUCUACCAUCGAUACCUUCAAGUACAUUCAUGCAAGAUAUAUUUCCUGAUGUUAUCGGUAGAGACACAUCAAAUGAUACCACAAAUAUGGUUUCCUCUACAUACAAACCAAGUGUAGGCCUAGGAGCCGUUGGGCCUUUGCUACCUUCACAAGGCCCUUCUCAAAGAUCGAAUUAUACUCAGUUUCCAGAGUGCCGAAACUGCGAUGAAGGGGCGACAGCCAAUUCUCUAUGUCGUCAGUGUAAUGAAUACUUGUGUGACAAGUGUGUUGGUGCUCAUAAUCGUGUGAGGCUGACCAAGGAACAUACAAUCGUUCCGUUCCCGUCCUUCCAUGAUGCCCUUCGCCGUGCUUUGUUGUCCGAUGAACCGAAUGCCUUUCCGUAUGGUGCCUACAAGCAACAAUCAACGAAACAAUUUCAGUCUGAAGAUAAUGUUCAACUUUUGUCACAUCCUAAUAACAAUUUCCCAUCUUCACAAGCCUCGAAGUUUCCAAAUGUAAAUGAAAGGCAAUUCCAGGCACAAGCUUCCAGUAAUUUCCAAAGACAAGUUUCACACCCAUUUUCAAGAAAUGAUUCUUCUUCCAGUCUCACGAAUCUGACCUCACCUAAACCAACAACCAGAAAUGGGACUUGUGAUCUUCAUGGAACAGAAUUAAACAUGUUUUGCUCCAGUUGUUGUAUGCCAGUUUGUAAUGAGUGUUACCAAACAGAGCACAAAAUACAUGACCUUGUGCACAUGUUGUCUGAUGGCGGACAGAGUCAAAACAGCGACAACAAAUACAGGACACUGGUAACUGAGGUUAAAAAUGAAGCUAAAACUAUGGAAGAGGCCCUGAAAAAUGUUCAAAUGAUGAAAGAUUCAGUGGAGAUUCGCUGUAAGAGCAUUCUUGCUGAAGUGCGCAACACGAUGAAACGACACAUGGCUGCCCUAGAGGAAAGAGAAAGGGAAGUCCUUCGACGUGUUGAACAGAUCAGGCAAGUCAAAGGAAAAGCUUUAUCAAGCCAAACCGAGCGCCUACACCUUCUUUUAAAGCCCGCAAAAAUGGUUUGUGACGAAUCAAGAAGUAUCAUGGAGCAAAACUCGGAUAGUAAAUAUCAAGAUCAAAUACACAAGUUAACUGAAUUACUCCAAGAAAUACAAAGUCAACGAUCACUUUUUCAGCCAUGCGAAGACGACGCAGUUUUGUUUACGCCACCUGACCCUGCUCUUCAAACAGCCAUAGGAUCGCUCGGAACGAUUAGCAGUAGUGCUUAUCCACCUCUAUGUAGUGCUGUUGGUGAAGGUUUACUACGGGGAAUUAGAAACAAGCUUGGGAUGUUUACAGUUAUUGCGAAAGACCACCAAGGUUCAGCAAGAUGUAUUGGUGGCGAUGUUGUUAGAGUUGUGAUCGAGGAUCCUAAUGGCCGACGCUUUGCAGGCGAAGUUUUUGAUCGCCAAAAUGGCAACUACACGGUCACCUAUAGGCCACAGGUCGAAGGUGAACACACAAUUUAUGCGAGUAUCAGAGGGCAACCAAUAAUGGAUUCACCUUUUCGAGUGAAUGUACGCCAGGGAAGAAACUACUCUGGAAUAGGGCAGUGUUGUUUACAGUUUGGACAUGAAGGCGAAAACGAUGGGCACCUAUGUAGGCCAUGGGGAGUUUGCACUGAUCGAGAUGGAAAUAUCAUAGUCGCUGACCGGAGCAACAACAGGAUUCAAGUGUUUGACAGUAAAGGAAAUUUUCGUUAUAAAUUUGGCUCUGCCGGCUCACGUAAUGGGCAAUUUGACAGGCCCGCUGGUGUUAGUGUGGAUAAUCAAAAUCGCAUCAUUGUUGCAGACAAGGAUAACCAUCGUAUUCAAAUUUUCAAAAUAGAUGGCACCUUUGUUCUGAAGUUUGGUGAGCGUGGAAACAAAAACGGCCAAUUCACGUACCCUUGGGACACUGCUGCUAACAGUGAAGGUCGUAUUUUGGUAUCGGACACUCGAAACCACAGAGUUCAGUUAUUUUCAUCCGAUGGAACCUUCAUAAACAAAUACGGGUUCGAGGGUCCGCUGUGGAAGCACUUUGAUUCACCAAGAGGUGUAGCAUUCAACCACGAGGGUCACAUGGUCGUCACAGACUUCAAUAAUCAUAGGCUUUUGGUGAUUCAUCAAGAUUUCCAAACAGCAAGGUUCUUGGGAUCCGAGGGAAGCAACAACGGCCAGUUUCUACGCCCUCAGGGCGUAGCCAUCGACCACGAGGGCAACAUCAUUGUCGCCGAUUCAAGAAAUCACAGAAUCCAAAUCUUUCAACCAAAUGGAAAUUUCCUGUGCAAGUUUGGCAUGUGUGGGAAGGCACCUGGGCAGAUGGACAGACCUUCAGGCCUUUGUGUCACACCAGAAGGUAUGAUUCUUGUUGUUGAUUUUGGAAAUAAUCGCAUACAGGGCUUCUAAGCCUAUACUUUUUAAAGGGGCAUUGGAUUGCACCCUCAGUUUAACAAGUUUGAAAUCAGGUCUGAUGAAUAUUAACCUUGACACGAAUUUCUUGUGUUGUAAGGUUCCUUGUCCAAUCAUUGAGAAAAAGUUGUUUUCUUCACCCAAAAAGUGAAAUUUUCCCGAAACAUUUUAUCUCAAAACGUUGCUUUUCUGGAAAUAGAAAGGUUUCUACAAACAUGGUUUCACCUUUGGGAAAUUUUGACCUUGGUGUUUGUAUUUUGUGAAAAAAGACAUUAGAAUUUCUUUUUAAUAUUUCACAGGCCUGAUUAAACUUAUAUAUAUAUAUAAUAAAUAUGCUUUGCUGUUUGAGGAUGUUACAUUAAAUGGGAGAUACUCCCCACAAUUUCUCUUGAAAAGAUCAUUCAUUUUUCUAUUGCAUUCACCACAAUACGUUCAUGCUAUAGCUUAUAAGCUUUUUAAUGUUUUAGAUUUGGUUAAUGUCCUUUGAUUUAUUUGAAAAUUUAGUGUUGUUAUGAAUCAUCUAAUGAAUUAAGCCAAAGUAAAUCUUAUCAGCCUGGCAGUAUUGCAAUAAAAAACCAGUAUUGCCAGUGGAGUAUUGCCAAUGGAGUAUUGCCUUUCUGGAUUUUAUACAAAAUGUGAAUUCAUAGUUAUAUUUGUGUCUCCACCCGUAUAGUUUUCUUUAUGUUCAGGCUGAUAAGAAAAUUCUGUAUUCAAGAUAUGAUGUACAUUUGACUAAGUGUUUUCAUGCACCACUUUCAUAUUUUAAUUCAUACAUUCCCAGCUUUGUAUGUGGUGUUGGUAAACCUGUAGUAUCUGAACGGUUUUCACUUGAAGGCGCUAACUUAAUUGACCAUUAGCUUGUUUAGCAGUUUUUACUGUUGAUAGAUAAAUGGCAGUAGUUGGGUAUAACGGCAAACUAGUUUCUGAAUGACCUGUCAGGCUAGUUGGUUUGCUUACAAAAGAAAUUUGUUAUAAAAGAUUUUGAAGGUUGACAAAUAUAUAGUGUAAAAAACACAUCCUGAAUUUCUUAGUGGAUUUGUAUUAUAUUGUUGUUUUUUUUAAAACAACAUCUUUAACCAAAAAGGAAGAUUUUGACUUGCACCUUUUUUGCACUAUUUGAAACUUAUUUCAAGGCCUUCUCAGUUUUCUCUCGACAAUCUGAUAUUCUUUGCUUGACAUGGAAGUUGUAAAUACAGUCAAGUUUCUGAAAGAUUCUGAACUGAAUAUGUUUUUUACUGUCGUUUAAUAAAAUAGAGCUGACUAAUAGAAUCCGAUAGUUAUUUGUAUGGGCUCCAUUUUGUCCUUACUUUAAUCUCUUGUUAAAUUUCAUUUUGCACUUAAAUUAACCCCACUGAGCCCAAUUGUGAUUUCCUUUGGUCUCAAGGUGGCAUCCAUGCUGGAGGUCGUCUUGUUAACCAACUUUCCACAACUUCCUGUAGUGCUAUUCAUGACCACUUUCAUUGCAUUUUCAGCUUCGUUUCAGAAAACAUUACCAAAAUCGUUUUAAUCUUCCUUUAUAACGCCGAUUAGACAAAAUUUUGCGCAAACGAUAAAUUAUAUCUACUUCAGAUUUCCAAACAUGUUCAGCAACAUGUUCAGCAAAAUUCCAAACCUGUUCUCAGUAGGCUGUCAACAGAUGUUUUCAAUUUACAAACACAUUGAAGAAAAUUCCCGUUUGUUUCGUAUUUCUAAAAGUUUGAUAUAUUGAAAUUUCGGUGUGAGAUUCUCGGUUGAAUGUGAUGCCAAGAAAAACCGAACUAGAUUUUCAAUUUGAAUUUUGGGAUUUGAAAUAACCGGUCUAGACAGUUUUAAGAUCGAGGAAUGAUUCAAGUUUUCUUAGGAUUGCCUAGCUUGCCUCUUAGGAUUGCCUAGCAUUCAGAACGAGUUGCCAAUGAUAGUAAUCGAAUAUUUCAAUAUGGAAAAAUUGAUUCAUUAUUCAUGCCAAGCAAGGGCAGAUUAUGUUUCAUGUAUGCAUCUAUUAUCCCACACACAUUGUUUAUUUGUCACAGCAUCAUUUAUCAACACCAGGAGUCCUGCGAAAGGAAGACCGAUUAUCAAACAGUUUUUCAUGCUGACAAGAUGAUUUGGGCGUUUUCUCAAAUCAUCUGCUCUGCUCCUGCACAGUAUCUGUGUUAUGCAACCACUGUUGAUAAGUCAGACUCCCGGUUCAUUGCAAAAUUGAUUUGCCGAAAUAAAUGCUGUUAGUCAGUGAUUCAGCCCGUGCAUUGGAAGAAAGGAUAUUACGAUAGCUUGGUUGCAAAACAAAAGGGUUCUUGUAGAUAGUAAUUACGUAUAGAUAACUUUGUUUGAGAGAUUAAGAAAUUUCUCUUUGGAAAUGCGUGGAAAUAAAGCACUGCUGAAAUAGCACUUUGUUUUCUUUGCAAGAAACCGCAAAACAAGGCAAGCUCUUGAUUGCAAAAUGACGUAGGCUGUUGUUAGUUUCAAUGAGAGGCGCCUUUAAACAAUCAUGCGAUAGGUGUCAUACAAAUAAUCAUCAAUUGCUUGCAUUCCUGCCUUAAUACCUUAAGCGGGUUUCUAUGGUACCAUUCCCACUAGGGUUAUGCCCUUUAAUCCCUUCAAUUAUUGCGGCUACUCUGUGGUAGCCCCUGACCUGUGGCCUCUCAUGGAGAGGUGAUAGGACACAUUUCGCAACGAGCUUUCUAUUCAACCAAAUCAGCUGAAUUGGAGAUGUUGUUUGAAUUAUCUCAUGCUCUAUUGUUGCCGUUAUGCCAACCCGUUUUACAGGGUCUUUUGAAUUAUUUCAUUAAUAAUAUAAGAGCUGUUUCCCAAACAAUUGAAGUUCAUUCGCUUUUUUCAUUUGCGUAAAGUUCAGUUUUAUUCAUAAUGCCUUAUGUUUUACUUCAUUUCUCCAUUUGUGUGAGUGACUCAGUGUUCGGUAAAAUGUCGGAAAUUGAAAAUCAUGAAAGUGAGAAUCGUUAAAAGUUCAGAGAAACGUGCUAUCGUGUUUUGUUUACGGUAGUAUUUGUUUAAGAAGCUGAUUUCCCAAAAUGAUGUAAGCAUGCUUCUAGCCUGACAGGUCUCCGCUAUAUUACGAUGAUAUAGAGAUCAAAUUUCAUCUGAGAAAAUUUGAGGUCAUCAACCGUAACAUUUGUAAAAUAUUGCUGCCAAACAAGCUAAUGGACAACACUUUGCUUAACAUAGCAAUGACAAGCCCCUUGUAGGUUGAAAAUUUGUCUAUGUGCCUGACUUUCACAUCGUUUUACAACUCAGGAGAAAAAAAUGGGCAAGUUUAGUUGGAAAUUCGCCUCUUUGGUGUUUGUUUUUUUAAAUGUUAAAUAUUAUAUAAAUAAAUGUACACGUACAAAUAAUCUGUAUUCAAUAGGCAUAAGAUCGUUAAAAGUGAUUCUUUCACAUUUACUUGACAUGUUUUUUAUCACAUUCACUAUCAUACAUCUCAGGUAAAUUAUUUUUAGUAUUAUGGUUAGAUUUUCUUGUUAAACACACAUGCUUAUACACGCAAACGCUCACGCAUGGAUAUUAACAUUCUUCUUGGAGGGAUGUAAACUUUUUAUCUGCUGUUUAUCAACGCACAAUAAGCAUUCAGCUUGAUGGCUCUAGCCCCCUAUGCUGAAGUUAAACAUCCGUAGUGCGUAAUGUAUAGCAACGUAUCGUAUACGCGGCAGCAUCUUUGUUGACAUUACUGUGUUGAACUAGGUUCUCUAUGAACUAAAAGUAGAUAUAGGCGUAGUCAGUGCCUCUAAUACCAACUUGUUAGUGUUGAUUUCCUGCUCAGGGACGCCAGAACCAGGGACAACGUUGUCAAACUUUCCCAACACAGUUACAUUCGGGUUCACUCUCCCCUUUUUUAGACCGUUUGUAAAACUUCUGACGUCCCUGUGGCCGCUGUAUGGUCAGAAGAAAGCGUCCGCCUCACUGCUAUUAGUACUGUUUAUAUCCAGCUUAUACCCUGUGCAGUAAAAUGUAAUAAAUUGAAAAAACCAGUUACUAUCCUCCCGCUCUUUACACGCACCUUUUAACGAAGCAACAUGCAAAGCAAUCUCCAUGGUGCUGGAUACUUGCUAAUAUCAAGGUGGCGCGAAAAUUAGAACUGGCCAAUGCAUACAGUAUGAUAUAAGAUCCAGUCAGAAAGCUGCCAGUUAAUAAAAUCGUUAGUAUGAUUUGAUCGUAGAUACGAUUGUAUUGUAUGUAGAUCUUGUAUGAUUAAAAAAUCGCAAUUGUAGAGGUAACAGAAUUGCGGGGAGGUGUUUGCUGUCUCCAAAGAAAUAAGUUAUUUCUGAGCCUUGAUAAAUCAAUCCCAAAAGUUAUUGUCAGAAGCCCUUUUCGAAAUAAGCCUUCUUGAGCUAUAUUUUAGAAGGUGCACAUUAGCACGUUCCCAGGUUGAUGUAGGGGUUUCAAGAAAAGUUUCAAAGAAACUUGAGAUGCACAGAAUUUGCAGCACAAGACCAAGACGACAUGCUAAUUGGAAAAAUAUCACCAUAUUCCUCCGAGACCCAAUAAAGAUGGUUAAAUAUAUCUUUAUAGAUUCUGUACAUCUCAAGUACAAUUACAAUUUGUACGUUCAUCCUGCGAAUCUGUCACUUGACAUGGAAGAAUUUAUCACCUUAAGAAAGCACCUCCUGAAACGCAAUCUUUAAAUAAACAUCGUUAUAUUUCUCUCUUCUGUUUGAAUAAAUAGUAGGGCAUGAUUUGAUUUUUAUGUAUAGUAUGCCAGUUGAUGUUUGAUCUUUACAUACUCAAUAAUCGAGAAAACAGCAUUAGUAUGCAAUUUGACUGUUUAUUGCUGGACUGCAUAGCAGUUAAGAGGACAGAAGUUUCAAUUGUAACCGUAAAUUUUCUUAUUGAUUACAAUGUAACCACGCAGACAUCGUAGAUUGUUCGUUCGUUCACGUUGCACUACAUACAGGAAUUGAUUAAUUAUAGUAUGUCGAUUAAUCAUCAUCAUUUACCCAUUGCUUAAAUGUCCUAACUAACUUUUAAUCAAGGGAGUGGUUUACUCGAGUGUGGUUCAGUAUCUCUAAUAUUGCCUAAAUCUUGCAAAAGAUACGCGAAGCCAGGUUUUCAUCUACUCAUAGGAAACGGUCUAUCGACACGUUAAAAGGUCCUAUUCUUGCAUUGAUUUAUUUUGCUCUUUCCAAUACGUAAUUCUUCAAUGUAAUUUUUAGACGAGUUUCGAAACCCUUUUUAAAAACAUAUGAAAUCAAAAUGUCUUUAAUAUAACUCCGGUACAGCCUCCUCUUUUACUGGACCGUGAUCGAGUAAACUUAACCUUCUGUCAGCACUUAUUUGCAGCAAUAAUUCUUUAAAUCAUGGCAUUUUUUUUUCACUCGAAUUACCCAGCCCUAACCCUGUUAUUACGAUUCCCCAUGUUUGUGAUUUUGCUUGCUAUGCUUUGAAGCAACCUUUGAGUUCAGUAAUUGCAUAAUUAAGUCCUUAAUGUGAAAUACACAACCCUAUAUAGGAUAAUAAAGUAACUUUCCCAUGCUAUAUGCAAUUAUACUGUGUUCUGCACAGAAGAUUAGAAUUUUUAUUGCAAAUAUAAUGACAAAAUCUUGAUGUGCAUUUGCUAGCUCUACUUAUCUACUUGGCCAUAAAUCCACAUGUUGCCAUAAAGCCAUAAAACCCUAUUAUAAUAUUCCUUGUAUUUUUCAAAAUCAGUUUACUGAUACAUUCUUCUUUUAGAUUGUAUGCAAUUAAGUGACAUAGCUGCCUUCCAAAGGCAUUAAAUAAUGACUAACAAACCGUUGAUCCUUCUUAUAUUGUGUGAUUAAAGGGUUCUAAAUUGUAAUGAGCUGUCCAACAACAUGCAUUAUCACUAUAUAUAUAAAAGUUCCUUUUUUGCAUA